AUUUUGGUCUCCCGGUGUGACGUCAUAAGCCUGCGUCGCGCUCCUGCAUCUGUUGUGAUUCUGCUUAAGGAAGAAAAACACCUGGUGAAGCGACUGAGAUCCACGUGACACACAAUUAUAAAGAUGGCGUUUAUUAAAGUGGAGAGUGAAGAUAUGAAGAUUGAAGAAACCUUCAGAGUGAAACAAGAUACUGAGGAACAAACAAAGAUGGUGUUUAUUAAAGAGGAGAGUGAAAACAUAAGGAUUGAAGAAACUGAGGAACAAACAGGUGCAAAGACAGGAAAGAAAAAGACAUACAAGGGUAGACGACAGACAACAAAGUUGCCGAUUAAAAAGGAUUGCCAUACAUGCAAGGAAAAAAUUGGGGUAGCAAGCAAGACGUGUCCACACUGCGGUGCCAAGCAGCCUUAUAAGCAGAAGCUUGAGGAAAGAAAGAAAAAUCUUGCCCAAGAGUGGAUAGACCGCCAGAAAAAAAACAGCAGUGUGAACAAGGUGUAUGAUGCAACAGAAUUACUGCUCCACAAGUGGGACCUUUUGGAAAGGUACCCAGUCCUCCUCCUUGCCAGGAAAACCAAUAAAGGUUUUUCAGCUGAGUGCUUCUGUCCAUGGCAAAUGAACUCAGAGGAGACUCAGGAUGCAUGUGUCACCAUAAAGAAGCAGUAUGAAAGUCUUCUUAAUGUGGUGAUCGCCGAUAAACUAGCAAGCAGCAAUGGCAAGACUCCAGCAACAAAUAUCACAAAGACAAAGAUUACACCAUUAGCAAAUGUCUGCCCUUCAGAACCAGCAUCAGAGUCUAAACCUCCGCUCACCCCUGAGUCUGAGCCUCUUACUCCUGUGUCUUCCUCCUCGGCUUCUCCUUUGCCCUCUUCUUUCCAUUCCACCCAGACAUCUGUUGUUUCCUGCACCACCUCCUUCACCCCUCCUGUGUCUUUAUCUGUUGCUCCUCUGUCCCCCCUGACUCAUCCUGAUUUCAUCUCCUCUCAAUCCAGUCCUGUGUCUUCCUCCCUAAGUUCUGCCCUGCCUUUAGCUCCUACCCUUUCUACCUGUUCAAAACUCACUCCUGUGUCCACUGAGCAAGGCACUCCAGACUCAGAAUCUUCCUUACGAAGAAAAAAACCAACAAGGCGGAAAGAAGGCACUAGUGGUGCAAAACCAGGAAUGGAACAGACAUACAAGGCAAGACAACAGACAACAAAGUUGCAUAUUCAAAAGGAUUGCAAUACAUGCAAGGAAAGAAUUGGGGUAGCAAGUAAGACGUGUCCACACUGCGGUGCCAAGCAGCCUUAUAAGCAGAAGCUUGAGGAAAGAAAGAAAUAUCUUGCCCAAGGAUGGAAAGACCGCCAGAAAAAAAACAGCAGUGUGAACAAGGUGUAUGAUGCAACAGAACUACUGCUCCACAAGUGGAACCUUUUGGAAAGGUACCCAGUCCUCCUCCUUGCCAGGAGGUCCAUUAAAGGUUUUUCUACUGAGUGCUUCUGUCCAUGGCAGAUGAACUCGGUGAAGACUCAGGAUGCAUUUGUCACCAUAAAGAGGCUGUAUGAACGUCUUCUUAAUGUGGUGAUCGCAGAUGAACUAUCAAGCAGCAUUGGCAAGACUCCAGCAAAAAACAUCACACAGACAGAGAUUGCACCAUUAAAAAAUGUCUGCCCUUUAGACCCAGAGACUGAGUCUGAUACUCUUACUCCUGUGUCUUCCUCCUCGGCUUCUCCUUUGCCCUCUUCUUUCCAUUCCACCCAGACACCUGUUGUUUCCUGCACCACCUCCUUGACCCCUCAUGUGUCUUUAUCCAUUGCUCCUCUGUCCUCCCUGACUCAUCCUGAUGUCAUCUCCUCUCAGUCCAGUCCUGUGUCUUCUUCCCUAAGUUCUGCCCUGCCUUCAGCUCCUACCCUUUCUACCUUUUCAAAACUCACUCCUGUGUCCAUUGAGCAAGCCACUCCAGACUCAGAAUCUUCCUCACGAAGAAAAAAAACAACAAAGAGGAAAGAAAACACUUGUGAAUGCCCAGUGCAUGAAGACUCAACCAGUUUCCCCUACAAAAAAAUCCUGAGGAAAAGAAUCAGGGAGGGCCAUGCAGAGGUGUUGGUGCAGUGGUAUCCUUGCUCUGGAUGUGGGGCAGAGUGGGAAAACUCCUGGGAACCAAAAGAAAACAUUGAAGAUUAAUACCAUACCGAAGAUCUGUUCCAAUGUUUUGUUUGUUGCUGUUGUUUUUCUAAAUUUUGGAGACUGAUAAAGUAGAUAAAUGUUUUGAAAGAAAUAUCUUA